AGCCUCAGAGAGGCAAAGUCCCCCUCCCCAUGGACAUACAUAGGUACACAGUACACAGCCACUGUUCCAGUGGGAGGGAUAGCUUGCUCAGCUGGGCAUCUGGGCGUCGGGUAGGGCUGUUGGGGUGUUGCAACCCUCCCUGGGACAGCCAGCCGAGCCGAGCCUGUAGCUGAGAAGUGUUACCCUCUAGACCUGAUAACGUAUUGUGCUCCUGGAGGUCUCCUCCUCCUGAAAGGACUUUAGUCUUUGGAGCUGUCAGAUGAACGGAGUGAGAUAAGAGCUUGGCAGGCUGUGAAGGAAGGGAGGGAACACUCCAUAGCCGCCUACUGCCCGGUCGAGACUCACACCAUGGAGCCAAGGGCGGCCCGAUCGCGGAAGGGAGAAGGGCCGAGAGGAGAGCAAGAGCGCCGCCGCUCCGGAGGUGGAAACAUUGAGAAGGACAGAGGCCUGGACUUGGUGCAAUGGACCCGACAUAUGGAGGCUGUGAAGACACAGUUGUUGGAGCAAGCACAGGGACAGCUGAUAGACCUGCUGGAUCGGGCCGUGCAGGAAGCCAUCCAAUGCUACCCACCACAAGGUGGACCUCUGUCCUCCAUUCCUCCAGAUUCCUUGAGCAAGGCCCAGGAGCCAUCCCUGGGGAAGCGGAAAAUUUUCAUCAUCCGAAAGUCCCUGCUUGACGAGCUGAUGGAAGUACAGCAUUUCCGCACCAUCUACCACAUGUUCAUUGCCGGCUUGUGCGUCUUCAUCAUCAGCACCCUGGCCAUCGACUUCAUUGAUGAGGGCAGGCUGAUGCUGGAGUUUGACCUACUGAUCUUCAGCUUUGGACAGCUGCCCUUGGCGCUGAUGACGUGGGUCCCCAUGUUCCUGUCCACUCUGCUGGUGCCCUACCAGGCCCUGAGGCUGUGGGCGAGGCCCCGGGCAAGAGGGGCCUGGAUGCUGGGGGUGGGCCUGGGCUGCAUGCUGCUGGCUGCCCACACCACCGUGCUCUGGGUCCUCCCUGUCCACGUGGCCUUGAAGUAUCAGCUCCCUCCUGCCUCCCGCUGUAUCCUGGUCUUUGAGCAGGUCAGGCUCCUGAUGAAGAGCUACUCCUUCUUGAGAGAGGCUGUGCCUGGAACCCUUUGUGCCAGAGGAGGUGAGGGCAUGCGGGCCCCCAGUUUCUCCAGCUACCUCUACUUCCUCUUCUGCCCCACACUAAUCUACAGGGAGACUUACCCCAGGACACCCAACGUCAGGUGGAAUUACGUGGCCAAAAACUUUGCCCAGGCUCUGGGCUGCGUACUCUAUGCCUGCUUCAUCCUGGGCCGCCUCUGCGUUCCCGUCUUUGCCAACAUGAGCCGGGAGCCCUUCAGUACCCGGGCUCUGGUGCUGUCUAUCAUGCACGCCACCUUGCCAGGCAUCUUCAUGCUGCUGCUCAUCUUCUUUGCCUUCCUCCACUGCUGGCUCAACGCCUUCGCAGAGAUGCUACGGUUUGGAGACAGAAUGUUCUAUCGGGACUGGUGGAAUUCGACGUCCUUCUCCAACUACUACCGCACUUGGAACGUGGUGGUCCAUGACUGGCUGUACAGCUACGUCUAUCAAGAUGGGCUGUGGCUUCUCGGUGGCCGGGCCCGAGGGGCAGCCAUGCUGGGUGUGUUCCUGGUUUCUGCAGUGGUCCAUGAGUACAUCUUCUGCUUUGUCCUGGGAUUCUUCUACCCGGUCAUGCUCAUGCUCUUCCUUGUCUUUGGAGGGCUGCUGAACUUCAUGAUGCAUGACCGGCACACAGGCCCAGCAUGGAAUGUGCUAAUGUGGACCUUGCUCUUUCUGGGCCAAGGCAUCCAAGUCAGCCUGUACUGCCAGGAAUGGUAUGCACGGCGACACUGCCCCCUACCCCAGACAACCUUCUGGGGGCUGGUGACACCUCGAUCUUGGUCCUGCCAUACCUAGAAGUCAGAGCACUGUCACUGCCCAGAGGACGCCACCAAGUCCUUCUCUGCCUGCAAAGCCUCGGACCAGAGCACCUCUCCCUGCAUUCCUAGAUCUAGCUCCAAGUCAAGGGGGCCUGGCAGGCAUGACCCCAGCAGGGAAUGCCAGGGACUGAGAUCUGAGGACCUGUAGAACCGCUAAGCACAAACUCACUGUGGUGGUGGCUCUUGAGCCGCCAAGCCCCACGGAUUGGGCAUAGAGCCCCCUCCUACCUCAUCACUGUCCAGACUUGGGGAUACUUGAAGGAUCUUAUAGAUUUGGUGAAUGUGGGGUGACUUAGAGAAAUGAGGGCCAUCAAGGUCUGAGAAAGGUUUGACUCUUUGUACUGCUUCCAAUACAAUAAUAAAGUUUGUAUCCCUUUUUAUUCAUUCAUUUGUUUAUUCCUC